CCGAAAAUAACCCGUCAUUUUUCACGUAAAGUUCAUAAAAAAUUGUGUGCGUCUUAGCAAACUUCAUUAAACCCCAGGAAUUAUUAUAAUUUUUCUCAUUACUGGACUCACAUGAGUUUUUCCAAACCCUAAUAAUAAUAAUAAUCGAACCCCAAGACCAGCAAUUUAUUUAUUAAACCAAAAUACAACCGAAAGCAAGAAAAAUGUCGACUGGAAAGGUUAUACAGGACCUUCCGGAGCUGCAAGUAUUCAAAACAGUGUUGUAUCAUUGCCUCUUCAUAAUUAUUUUACCGGUUCUGUCAUUCUUCCUGAGUAAAAUGUUCAUCUUCGAUGGGUUGCUAGGGUUGAAUACUGUCCCCAGCAGUAUUUAUUCCGCGAUCGUUGCAGUACUGGUGCUUCAUGGUGCCCUGGGGGCAUUCAUAUACAGAGCGUAUUUCCAACCUGAAAAAACGCAAUCCAAGAAGGACUAGAUUAUUCCCCCAUUCUCUAGUUAUCAGAUCACAAAAUUAUUGUUUUUCUGAAUUGAGAUUUCUUUAUGGUGAAUUAAUAAUCCGUUAUUCUUGAGGCGAAGAAUUUUCUACUCGAAAUUCGAUCGAUUGUAUCCCAAAGAGAAUCUACUUAAUUAACACGCGUAUAAUUCGAUCGAUACGAGUGUCAUUUAUUAAUUGAUUAAUUAAUUGAGUAGCGAUGAGGUAAAAUAGCCCGUCGACUCUUGGCUCCUGAAUUAAUCUAAUUUAUUGCUCGAUUAGUUUAAUAAUUUUUGAAUGAAUAAUUAAGAAAGCAGUGCACAUUGUUAUCUUUUUAAUCGCUUAGCAAUUCAUUUAUUUCAUCAUAAAUAAUUAUAAUCAUGUUAAGCAAUUCCCUAAAUUUUGCGUACAAGGAACAAUUACUUGGGAUGUAAAUAUUCGUGAACAGAAUGAGGGAAAUGGCUGUACGAAUGAUUGAAUCAGGUGUUGUAUUUUAAGCUCAAUGUCUUGUGUAUCGAAGAAAUAUUUUCUAUGGACGUGAAUAAAAGACAUAGUACACUGGUGA